UUUAUGCUUCGACCGAGAAUACAACCUAGAUAAUUGCACAAUUGUGUGGGUAAUUUUGCCGGUUAAAUUGACGCCCAUUGUACGUGUAAAGCAUGUAACUGGAUGCAACAAUGCAAAUUGGCCACUACCCUCAAUCUGUAGCCAUGGGUUUCUGUGGAAGACUGUAGUCUCACUAACCCUAUUUAAUUCAGGGGAGCAGGGGACCCUGGUUGCAUCUAAAGCCACUUCUCUCUGCUUUGCUUUCACUCAUGCUCUGCGCUCUAAAACCUCCCAAUGAAUAGUCCUGACUGACCAAUCAGAGGGCACCUUCAAAACCCUGGAACUGAGCUUCUGUUGCCUCCCAGUCGAUUCUCUGCCGCUCUUGCAGACUGUCACACUGCUCAGAUUCACAGGGUACUUGUCGUUCUCCCGGAGCAGCACGAAGAGCAAGAAGACAUGGGGGUAAGCCCAGUUGCAAGCUGGGUUCUCUCAUCCACUGAUGCUAUAGCAGUUCUUCCAUGUACAUUUGAUCUGUUCAUUUCUAGUGUCUCAUGGUUACUUUUGUCUGCACUCUGCAGAUCAUUAACUGGAUGCAGAAUCGCUUCAAUGGUAGACAAGACAAGGGACGAUCCGAGGCCGCCGUCGCGAGCUCAGCUCGCGGUGAGUGUUUCCGUUUCGUGCUUGUUAUCAGCGGGCGUACGUGCUUUUCUUGGCUUCUCACUGACGAGCCUGCUUUUGCAUGCAUGGGUUUUACGUCAGAUGUCCCGGUCCGAGAAAGCUGCCGCCAAGAUCACGCUCGCGAGGAGAAGAGCCCCAACGGCGACUGGCCGCAGGCCCUGCUCUCGAUCGGGACGCUAGGGAACGAGUCGCCGCUGCACGCGGCGGCGGCGACGGCGACGGCGGAGGUAGGAGGCCCUCGCGCGUCGUCGCAAGCCGACGUGCCGGACUUCACCAUCGAGGAGGUGAAGAAGCUGCAGGACGCGCUGAACAAGCUGCUCCGGCGCGCCAAGUCCAAGUCCAGCGCCCGCGGGUCGGAGGCCACCGACGAGGACCGCGCUAACCAGAUGCCGCUCGACAGGUUCCUCAACUGCCCCUCCAGCCUCGAGGUCGACCGGAGGCUCUCCCUGAAGCAGGCGGCAAACGAGGGCGAGGGCGGGGAGUUCUCGCCGGACACGCAGAUCAUACUGAGCAAGGCCAGGGACCUCCUCGUCAACAGCAACGGCGCCACCGUCAAGCAGAAGUCCUUCAAGUUCCUGCUCAAGAAGAUGUUCGUCUGCCGCGGCUGCUUCGCGCCCGCGCCGAGCUUGAAGGAUCCAAUAGAAUCAAGAAUGGAGAAGGUAACUGUGCUAGCUAUCCGCAGUAUAUAUGAUCUGUUAUAUGAAUCAUCUGUCGUCGCUGGUCAUGUAGACAUAUAUGCUAAUAUGAUGCUACGUACCUUUCGUGUUCGCGUGCACACAGUUGUUUAGGACGAUGCUUCAGAAGAAGAUGAAUGCUCGGCCGAGCAGCGCCGCGGCGUCAUCGAGGAAGUACUAUCUGGAGGACAAACCGAGCGGGAGGAUGAUAAGAGAUUGUCGCCAUGAUGAAGAAGAUGAUGACAAGGGCUCCGAUAGCUUUAAGUGGGACAAAACAGAUACAGACUGUAAGAACAC